UGCUGUGUCGGGCUCACCAGCACCUGGCACACUUCAAAGAGCGGCGGGUUGAUGCACAGCAAGGUCUGAUACUUCCCGCUACUGGAGCUCUCCUCUGUGUUUAACUGCCGCAGAAUCACCAUGGCGCUGAAAGAGACCGCUGGGCUGUAUGAGACACUUAAAACGGAAUGGAACAAGAAAAAUCCAAACCUAAACAAAUGUGGAGACCUUCUGAGUAAGCUUAAGAUUUCAUUACUGGAUCUGAACUUUUUACCUACCAGUGGAUCCUCGCUCACCAAGCAGCAGCUCAUUUUAGCUCGUGAUGUCCUUGAAAUAGGAGCCUUAUGGAGCAUCCUCAAGAAGGACAUCCCAUCCUUUGAGCGAUACAUGGCCCAGCUAAAAUGUUACUACUUUGAUUACAAAGAAGAGCUGCCUGAAGCUGCCUACAUGCAUCAGUUACUUGGACUGAACCUGCUCUUCCUGCUUUCGCAGAAUCGCGUCUCUGAGUUUCACACAGAACUCGAAAGAUUGAGUGCUAGAGAUAUUCAGACCAACGUGUACAUCAGACACCCAGUGUCUCUAGAGCAGUACUUGAUGGAGGGAAGCUACAACAAAGUGUUCCUAGCCAAAGGCAACAUCCCUGCUGAGAGCUACACCUUUUUUAUAGAUAUUCUUCUGGACACAAUUCGCGAUGAGAUUGCAGGUUGCAUAGAGAAGGCGUAUGAGCAGAUCCAGUUCAGUGAAGCUACCCGUGUGCUUUUCUUCAGUUCCCCUAAAAAGAUGACAGAGUAUGCCAAGAAGAGAGGAUGGAAUUUGAGUGCAGAUGGCUAUUACUCUUUCACCAAUCAGCAACAGCGGACAGAAGAGGUGAACAUCCCUUCUACUGAGCUGGCACAACAGGUCAUCGAAUACGCACGACAGCUGGAAAUGAUUGUGUAAUCCGCCCCCAGGAACACACUCAACCAUGUACAGAUGCACUCAGACAAACACGCCACUGGUCCAGUAUACAUCCAGUCAGCUCAAACACAGUUUCACUAAGGGAUAUGACUUCCUUUAUUGCCAGAAUGGUUUAUUUGUUUCCUAUGCCUCACAAAUCAACUGGCAUCCAUUAUUCCUGUUUUCCCAAAUCUACCUGGAAGUCUGACAGAUUGGUUUUUAUUUUAAUACAAAAAACCUACUGAAAAUAUCACCUUUGGUCUAAUUAGCAGUUGCUAUAUAAAUAUCUAUAUUGCAGACAUGUGAGGGUCUGAGUGUUUAAAGCUGGUUCUUUUAUUCAAAAUACCAUCUGUCCACCAUUAAACUUUAGUUUUCUUUAGUCAUUCCCAGAUAUUUUUUAAAACACUGGGUCUCUUCUUUUUCAACUGUAAGAAAGUUUAAAGUCAUCACCCUAAUUUUGGUAUUCAGUGUCAAACAAUUGUCAACAAUCUCACCAUUUUUUUUUCCUGAACUUCAAAUUCUUUUUGUAUACAAAGUUUUCUCCUGGGUAGAACUAAAAUAAAUGUAUUGCCCUUGCCUUGUAUCUAAAAUUGCCACUGAAGUUUGUGUUCGACUCUUCCUCACUAGACAUUUUGUAAACACAUUGAUCUACAAUAAAUGAUUCAUAAAACAAA